AUGGGGCCUGUCAGCUACUCAUCAGAGACCUAUGACUUGAGCCAGGCGGAGCUGAGUGGUUACUACGAGGCUGAGAACACAACCCCUUCUUUGGAGGGCUACUUUUGCUUCAAUCCGGCCUCAUCUGUGGUUGGCAACCAGAGAGACCCCUUCAGAAAGGUCUUUAUGCCCCUCAUCUAUCUGCUUAUGUUUGUGCUGGGAACUGUGGGCAAUGCCCUGGUCCUGGUCAUUUUAGAGAGGUUCAAGCGGUCUCGCACAACCACGGAAAACUUCCUCUUCCACCUCACCCUGGCCAACCUGGCACUGCUGCUCACCUUCCCCUUCAGUGUGGUUGAGAGCUUGGCCGGGUGGGUAUUUGGGACUUUCCUCUGCAAGAUCCUCAGUGCUGUCCACAAGAUCAAUUUCUACUGCAGUAGCAUGCUGCUGGGGUGCAUUGCAGUAGACCGCUACCUGGCCAUCGUUUACGCAAUCCACACCUACCGCAAACGUAGAGCUCGCUCCAUCCACCUCACCUGCAUGGCGGUCUGGCUCUGUUCCUUGCUCUUGACCUUACCCGAUCUCAUCUUCAUGGAAGUCUGGACAGAUGAGAGCAACCGCAGCAUUUGCUAUUUUCCAGAGAUUGGGAUUCAUGGCAACAACGCGUGGCUGGCAACCCGUUUCCUAUACCACACCGUGGGUUUCUUUGUGCCCCUUCUGGUCAUGUGUUAUUGCUACAUGGCCAUCGUCCGGACUCUGUGUCAGUCCCAACGCCUGCAGAGGCAAAAAGCUGUCCGCGUAGCCAUCCUGGUCACAGGUGUGUUCCUGCUCUGCUGGAGCCCAUACCACAUCGUCAUCUUUCUGAACACACUUACCAAGCUAGAAGCCUUCACCAAGAACUGCCUCCUGGAAGACCAGCUGGACACAGCCAUCAUGGUGACAGAGGCCAUCGGCUUCACACACUGCUGCCUCAACCCCAUCCUCUAUGCCUUCAUUGGGGUCAAGUUCCGUAACGACUUCUUCCGUAUCCUGCAGGAGCUUGGCUGUAUAAGCCAGGAGACCCUACAGGAGAUCCUGGAGGUGACCAGGAAGGGCAGUGGAAUCGAGUCUGACAACACCACCUCUAUCUCCACUUUCUAA